AUGUUUGGACAAUUACAACCACAAACGGGUUUUGGAGGUUUUGGUGGUGGGUUUGGAGGCCAACCUCAACAAGCCCCAAAUGGCUUAGGACAACCCCAACAAAAUCAGCUCGGCGCUUUCGGGCAACUUCAACCAAACGCUUUUGCUCAACCCCAACAACAACAAAGUGGGUUAGGUGGAACUUUUGGUGCUCAGCCCAAUGCAUUUGGCGCAACUGGAGCGUUUACGCAACAACCGACGUCAAGCGCCUUUGUAAAAUACCAAGAAACAAUCCAGGACGGGAACCAUUAUAUGGCAAUUAAUUUCAUGCCACAAUUCAAAGGGAAAUCGAUUAUAGAAAUUCGGUAUGAAGAUUAUAAGGCAAACAAUUUUACCAAACCAGUCGCUCAACAACAACCACAACAACAGUUUGGAAUGAUGGGACAACAACCCCAAAUGGGGUUGGGAAUGGGAUUUGGACAACAACAACAGCCUCAAAUGGGUGGUGGAAUGUUCGGACUACAACAACAACAACCAGCUUCGAUGUUCGGACAACAACCACAGAUGGGAAUGAUGGGUCAACAACAACCUCAGAUGGGAGGAGCGUUUGGAUUCAGAUGA